CUUUAACACAGCUAUGAGUCUUUCUUGCGAAGUACAAGGAAGCAAGCAACCUCGACUCGGUCGUGUAAGAACAUCUAAAACUGUUAACAUCAACUGAGCCUUUGGAGGAAGAUCAUCCAGUUCUUAUAAAUGCGUAACUGCGCUUUUGCUAGCGGGUGUUUUGGUUUCGACCCGUCGAGGAAUAGUGACAUGCUAAAUAAUGGAGGAAUUCUUGAUGAACGAAGACCAGGAAGUGAUACGUUAAAGUAAAGGGAAGCGAACAGAUUAGAGACCCAGCCUGACACAGAAGAGCUGCAUACACCCAAUCAUGUCUACAGAGAUGAUGAUGCAGUCCUGUCUCAUGGACCGGAGCAGCAGCUUUUUUAAGCUGAUUGACACGUUCUCCACGGAGAUCUCAGAGCUAAAGCAGGAGAUGGUUCAGCCAGCCAGAGAGCCGGAGACAGAGAUCUUACAGGGUCUGGAAGGAGAGGUCAGCGGUCUUUUCCUUCAGUCUUCUGCCUGCGCUGGUACACCUGGAGUGAGGGAUUCUGGAUAUGACUCUCUACGCAGACGCAUGAGCAUCCUGGACAGACUGAUGCAGACACACUCUGUAUGGUUGCUACUGUCUCUCAGCGAUGAGGAAGCCAGAUGCAUUUUGCAGCCGCAGCCGGCAGGGAGUUUUGUGGUGAGGAGGUGUUAUAAACUGCAGAAAAAGGUGAUUUCCCUACGUAUGGACAGUGACACACUGAUUGUUCGGGACUUCCCAGUUAAAGAGAGCCAAUAUACUUUUUCUCUGGAGGGCUCAGGGAUCAGCUUUGCAGACCUCUUUCGACUGGUGGCGUUCUGCUGUAUCAGCAGGGACGUUCUGCCCUUCACACUGAAGCUGCCCGAGGCCAUUUCAGCUGCAAAGACCCCUAAAGAUCUGGAGGAGGUGGCUCACUUAGGAAGAGGUUUCUGGGAUUCUGUACUGUGCAAUAAGAGGAAGUCUUCUGUGUCUGGGGAGACUGUGUGUGAAAUUUCACAACAGAGACUGAAACAGUGGUUAUCCCCAAGCAUUCCGGCCAUCCCAUUCACACGGACCCCUUCUGAACUUGAAUGCAGUCAAUCCAACGGAGCGCUGUGCUUCAUCAAUCCCCUCUUCCUGCAGACACACCAAACUAACCCUUCACCUAAAAAGCAAGAAUCAUCCCCGGGCAACGCAGAUCGCCAGAUCAGGGAAGACAGCAUCUUUUGCCGUGCAAAAAGCACGCAAAACAAAUCACACGCAAGUGUGAGUAGAUCCAAGAGCGAGAGAUCCCCGCCACCUCGGCCCCCACCUCCCCGCUUUGCCUCCGGCAGAUCAGCAGUUCUUCGUAAACAGAAGACCAUGCCUGAGACAGUCUGUUGGAUCAAAACGCCUCAGGAAAAGAGCAGCCUUCUGGGGAGGUUGGGAUCAUCCUUCAGUUCCUUAUCACCCUCAUCCUCCCCACCCAAAAAGUUUAGUAAACCCAUCCUGGUGCCCUCACCCCGCAGUAAGAAUUCCUCCGGUCUGCUCGAUGCAGACGGCCUCCGCUGCCACAUGGCCCUGGAUGACCAGACCAUUGAGGAAGCCGUGUCUUGGAGCUUGGCCAAGCUGUCCUCACGCAACUCUACCGCUCUGGAGAACGGCAGCCCUGCAGAUGAACGCUGCUCCACCGGACGAGAGCGUCUGAGCGAUAUCAGCAUCUCCACUUCAUCCUCAGACUCUCUCGACUUCACCCACGGCUUCCCACUGCCCAUGGAGGCCAGUCCCUCCAGAACCAAGAGGCCCACUGGUGACAGCAGCCUGGAGGAGGAGGAAGAGGAAGAAGAUGAUGGCAUCAACUUGGAGAGCGACCAGGAGGUGCCACCACCCUUCAAGUCAAAGAAGCAGAAUGGCGCUGGUACGUUCGUGCUGCCGCGUGCAUUGAGAGGACAAUUGCGCAAGAUGAGCAGUGUUCUCAAUUCUUUGAUGACGCCCGAGAAGAGAGCCAUUCGGAAGAUUGUCGAGCAAUCCAGGGAUAAAGGGACUUACUUUGGCUGCUUGGUGCAGGACUACGUGAGCUUCUUGCAGGAGAACCGCGGCUGCCACACAUCAGGCUUGGACCUGCUGCAGACUCUCAGGCAGUUCAUGACUCAGAUGAAGUCCUACCUGCUGCAGAGCUCAGAGCUUGACCCGCCAAUUGAGUCCCUUAUCCCGGAGGAUCAAAUAGAUCAGGUGAUGGAGAAAGCCAUGCACAAGUGUGUGCUGAAGCCUCUGAAGCCUGUGAUAGAGGCCGCUCUGCGGGACUUCCAGGUGAGCAGUGGGACUUGGCAGCAGCUGAAAGAGAAUCUGGUUUUGGCCAAAGCCAAGCGGCCCCAGGAGAUGGGUGUGGAUGGAGCUCUGCCUCCUGACCCUGUGGCCAUAGAGAAGAUUCGCCACAAGUUCCACAACAUGUGCAAGAUGUACUCACCAGAGAAGAAAGUGUCUCUGCUUCUAAGUGUGUGCAAGCUUAUCUACACCAUAAUGGAGAACAACUCAGGGAGGAUGUAUGGUGCAGAUGACUUCCUGCCCAUGCUUACAUAUGUGAUGGCCCAGUGUGACAUGCCACAACUGGAUGCUGAAAUAGAGUACAUGAUGGAGUUACUGGACCCAUCAUUGCUUCAUGGAGAAGGAGGCUAUUACUUGACCAGUGCAUAUGGGGCAAUGUCUCUCAUCAAGAACUUCCAGGAGGACCAGGCAGCUCGUGUGCUGAGCUCUGAGACCCGUAACACGCUGCACCAGUGGCACCGUAGACGCACAACACAGCGAACCGCUCCAUCUGUGGAUGAUUUCCAGAACUACUUGCGGGUUGCGCUGCAAGAUGCAAGCAGUGGCUGUACAGCCAAAACCCUUCAGGUGCAACCUUACGCCACAACAGAGGAAGUGUGUCAGAUAUGCGUGGACAAGUUUAAAAUUUCGGACCCGGAGAACUACGCCCUUUUCCUCUUGACGGAUGAAACCAAACAGCAGCUGGCCCCGGACACUCACCCGCAGAGGAUCAAGGCCGAACUGCACAGCCGCCCACAGCCACAACUCUUCUUCUUUGUGUACCGACAAAUCCAAAACCUCACUGUCCCUUCAGACCAGCUCAAUGACAACACUUCACCCAACUGACAGAGCAAACAUGGUUUCCAUCAGGUCCUCUCGAAACUCCUUCUCAGCCACAUUUAUUCAACUCCUUCCCUAGGAACACUGCUUACGUCUGCGUUGUUUUGAAAAAAGUUGGAGCGAAGUGGUAGAUGCUUAGAGGGAAAUAGGGAAGGAAGAAUGUGUCUGACAGAUGCAGUUUUUUAUGCUCCGUCUUCACUAUUUUCAAAACAUUUUGGGAAGUGGCAUGCGACCAUCACGAGAGAGUAGCUGUGCCCAAACUGCAAAUGUUACAGUAUGUCUGUUUAUUUCUUCAUGAAUGUUCAAACACAUUCAGGUUAGCAGAGAAACAGAGCAUUUUAGUGUUAAUGGUGUUUGUCUAAGCUUUGCACAUUCCACAUUGCAUACACUCUAAAAUUGUGCCUUCCUCUUCCCAAAACUCUACAUACCUCUUCUGUCUCUUGUUCUUCGCUAUGCUGAGAGACUGUGGCAUUUCUCUAAUGACUGCAUUGAGUUGAAGACUUUUAGAAAGGUCCUUCCUUCAGCAUUCAUUCAGUAACAUGGACAUCUCAGUCCCUAAGGACAUUGUGGACAAUUGUUUUCUAAUGUAAAUCUUUUGUUUUUUUAUUUGCAGUUGCUGGUAAACUGCA